AUGGAGCGUCCGAACCCGAUCGAUAAAGACGACAAUGGUGAAAUGGAACCGAUACCAUUGGAGUCGGAUCAGACUCCAUCAGUUAAAGAUCCGAAUCCGGUUCCCGGACCCAACCCGGAUCCCAAGCCUAAGGGCGAAGAAAAAGUGGAGGCAGUAAAACAAGGAGAUAAUGCCAAUCUUAAUGUGAAUAUAGAUGAGGAGAGUAAUCAUGAUAAUAAAGAAUUGAAAUCAAAAAAAUCGGUGAGGUGGAGCGAGGAAUUGGUGACGGAAUCGCCGGUGUCGAGGGACAUCGAUCGUGGAUCCAAUCCUUACGUUGCUUACUCGCCGGCGCCUUCCAAUGAAUCUUCUUCCUUCAAUUUUAAAAGUACAAUGGCAAAUGUGAAGGAUGUGUUAGGAAAAUGGGGAAAGAAGGUGGGGGAAGCAACAAGGAAGGCUGAGGAUCUUGCUGGGAAUACUUGGCAGCACCUGAAAACAAGCCCUACUCUAGCUGAUGCUGCUCUGGGAAGAAUUGCACAGGGAUCAAAGGUUCUAGCAGAAGGUGGAAUACUCUUUUAUAAAGCCGUUUGUAUUGAGACUGUUCCUGAGGAGCAACUCCGUAAUUCAUUUGCAUGUUACUUAUCCACGUCGGCGGGUCCUGUCAUGGGUGUUUUAUAUGUCUCAACUGCAAAGCUCGCAUUUUGUAGUGAUAAUCCACUUUCCUACAAAGCCAGCGACAAGACAGAAUGGAGCUAUUAUAAGGUAGUUAUCCCAUUACAUCAACUCAAAGCUGUUAACCCUUCAGCAGGCAGAUCUAAUACAGCUGAAAAUGAGAUCUGUAACUUAAAGAAAGAUGAUUUGAACCAGAGGGCAGUGAAAACUCACUAG